AUGGAGACAUCUGUGACACUGUUCAUCCUCCUGGGGGUCAUCUCAGGUGGAAGCCACGGAACUGGUGUGCUACCAGACAGUCUAGUUGCGGCUGUUGGAGAGACGGUGAACUUCACCACGACGGUGACUCCAUCACAAACACCAUUCAUAUUAGUGCAGUGGGAUUUUAAUGAUAUCGAUGGCUUUGAUUCUAAUAUAAUAACCUCGAGUACUGAAGACACAAUUCAACCAGCGUACAAAGGCAGGGUCACCCUCUUCAGAUCUACAGGAUCUCUGGAGCUCAGGAAUGUGACUCUUUUUGAUAACGGAGAAUACAGUCUCAACAUCAUACCGAUGGGUGCAGCACUGCAGAUUGGGAAAUGCAAACUGGUCACAUACGUACCGAUCUCCAAUGUGGUGGCGACUCUCACACACACAGACACGGUGGAGCACAGCUCUGUCGGGCUGACAUGCUCCUCAGCUGGAUCCCAUCAGUCUUUCCGCUGGAUGAACGGCAGCUCUGAGCUUACAGCCAGUGACAGAGUCUCGCUCUCUGCUGGAGGCUCCAUUGUCACCAUUAUCAAUGUGUUGCGCUACGACCACGGAUCAUUCAGAUGUCAUGUGGUCAAUCCUUACAGUGAGGGCACCAGUGAACCAGUGAACCUCUACGUCAGCUACGGCCCUGAAAAAACUAAUAUGACCCUAUCUCCAUCAAAAGAAUACUAUGAGGAAGGGUCAAACAUCCUCCUGUCCUGCUCAUCUGACUCCAGACCUGCAGCUCUGUUUCAAUGGUUACUGAACGGAGAGCUUCUGUCCGAGACUGGACCAGAGCUCAGCCUGAUCAACAUUCAGGAGAGUGGGAACUACAGCUGCCGGGCCGUUAACAACAAAACCUUGAAAUAUCAAACAUCUCUGCAUUCAGUUAUAACUGUACUGGAACGAGCAUCCAAUGUAAAGGUGAAUGCCACCACCACAGACAUUUUGGAGUCCAGCAGCGGCUCUGUGCGUCUGUCCUGCUCCUCCUCUGGAUCCUCUCUCUCUUUCCUCUGGUUGAACAGCAGCUCUGAGCUCACAGCCAGCGACAGAGUUCAGCUCACUGAUGGAGGCGCCACUCUCACUAUACUUAACGUGACCCGCUACGACCAGGGACCUUUCAGGUGUCGUGCUUUCAACUAUUUCAGUAACAGCACCAGUGAUCCAGUAAACCUCCUCAUCAUCUACGGCCCAGAAAAAGUCGAUCUGACACUCUCUCCAUCACAAGAAUACUAUGACGAAGGCUCAGACGUCAGCCUGAUCUGCUCAGCCAACUGCAGACCUCCGGCCUUGAUUCAAUGGUUUCUGAAUGGAGAGCUGCAGUCUGAUACUGGAGCAGAGCUAAGACUGAUCAACAUUCAGAAGAGUCAGAGUGGAAACUACAGCUGUCAGGCCUUUAACAGCAAAACUAAGAGAAACCAAACAUCUCGGCCUGCAGCUGUCUCUGUACGCACAUCUCAAGUCUCCAACGUUGUGAUAACUCCCAGCUCCACAGAUCUGUCAGAGCUCAGCAGCUCUGUCAAUCUGUCCUGCUCCUCCACUGGAUCCUUCCCCCGUUUCCUCUGGCUGAACAGCAGCUCCCCGGUUAACGCCAGCGACAGGGUUCAGCUCACUGAUGAGGGCUCCACUCUCACUAUAUUCAAUGUGACACGAUACGACCAGGGACCAUUCAUCUGUCAUGUGUUCAAUAAUUUCAGUAAUUACACCAGCGAGCCAGUGACGCUCCGCAUCAGCUUUGGCCCAGAAAACACUCAAUUAAAGGUGUCUCCGCCACAAGAAUACUUUAAGGAAGGGUCAAACAUCAACCUGACGUGCUCAGCUGACUCCAGACCUGCUGCUCAGUUUACCUGGCGUCUGAAUGGAGAGCUGCUGACCGAUACUGGACCAGAGCUCAGACUGAUGAAUGUCCAGAAGAACCACAGUGGAAGCUACAGCUGUCAGGCCUUUAACAACAAAACUCUGAUAACUGAAACAUCUAAGCCUGCAGCUGUCUCUGUAGUGGAACCGGUCUCCGACGUGGUGCUGACUUCAAACAACACAAACUUGUUUGAGCUCAGCAGCUCUGCCCGUCUGUCCUGCUCCUCCUCUGGAUCCUCUCUCUCUUUCCUCUGGUUGAACGGCAGCUCUGAGGUUACAGAGGGUGGCAGAGUUCAGCUCACUGAUGGAGGCGCCACUCUCACGAUAAGGAGACUGACCCGCUACGACCAGGGACCGUUCAAGUGCAAAGUGUCAAAUGGAAUCAUGAGUGAAGUCAGCGCGCCGGUGAAUCUUUUUAUCCAAUAUGGACCUGACAGCGUGGCCAUCACAGCACCUGAUAAGGUGCGUGUUGGAGAUUUCACGGUGCUUUACUGCUCUGCUGCCUCUGUGCCACCACCAGAGUUCACCUGGCUUUAUGAUGGGAAGCCAACCAAAACACACGAGGCUGCGUACGUUAUGAAAUCCAUCAGAAGCUUUGACAGUGGGACGUUCACCUGCACUGCUGUCAAUGCUGUGACAGGGCUGAGACAAAGCACGAGCCACAAGUUAACUGUUUCAGGUAUGUGA